AUGAAGGGAUCAUGUCCCAGCAGUUUAAAGAUAUUCAGGUUUGUUCUUCUAACACGGAUGCUUUUUGCAGGACAUGUUUCAUCAACUAUAACAGAAGAUGAUAUAAAAUGUCUGAAAGGUAUCAAGAAUUCUCUAAAUGAACCAGAUGGUAAGUUAAGCAACUGGAGUUUCAAUAACAAUUCAGCAGGUUUUAUAUGCAAUUUUGCUGGAGUUGAAUGUUGGACGGAACGAGAAGAUCGCCUGUUAGGUCUUGAGCUUCGUGACAUGAAACUCUCAGGACAAUUACCUCAAUCUUUACAGUACUGUCAGAGUUUGCAGACUUUGGAUCUGUCGGCUAACAGGCUUUCUGGUACAGUCCCUGCACAGAUAUGUAGUUGGUUACCUUAUUUGGUAACCCUUGAUCUGUCUAGCAAUGAUCUGUCAGGUUCCAUCCCAUCUGAAUUAUCUAACUGUGCUUAUCUAAAUAAUUUGGUACUGUCAAAUAAUAGACUUACGGGAUCAAUUCCAGAGCAGUUAUCAGGUUUGUUACGUUUGAAGAGGUUUUCUGUAGCAAAUAAUGAUCUCAAAGGUGCAAUUCCUUUAUCUUUUGAGAAUAAUAGUAAGGUAGACUUCGCUGGGAAUAGUGGUCUUUGUGGGCCUCCUCUUGGAAAGUGUGGGAAUUUAAGUAGGAAGAGUUUGGAAAUUAUAAUUGCAGCUGGGGUGAAGGCGAAACGUAGGAAUGGAGGCAUGGAGGCAGAGAACGUGGGUAGUGGAAGCAUGGAGGUAGUUGAAGGCUAG